AUGGGACUGAAGCGCGUCCUCGUUAUUGCAGGCUCGGAUAGCUCGGGAGGAGCCGGCCUAGAGGCGGACCAGCGGGUUCUCACUGCCCAUGGUUGCUACGCACUCACAGCAACCACGGCCUUAACUGCGCAGAAUACACUUGGUGUGCAGGAUAUCCAUGUUGUGCCGACGGAGUUUGUGAGAAAGCAGAUCAGAGCCGGCCUAGAGGAUGUUGGCACUGAUGGGGUUAAGAUAGGAAUGCUGGCCUCUGCUGAAACGGCGGUGAUGGUGGCGGAAGAAUUGAAAGCGCAUCAAGUGCAUUCAAUCAUAUUAGACCCUGUUAUGAUAUCUACUAGUGGUUCACAACUUUUGCCACCAGAUGCAGUGAAGGCAGUGCGGGAACACCUACUGCCAGAUACCACUGUGCUGACCCCAAAUAUCCCGGAAGCCGUUCUCCUGCUUCGAGAUUCUGGUGUGGAUGUCAAGGAGCCCGAGAAUGUAGAAGACGCAAUCGCACUCGCUAAACAGGUCCACCAACUUGGGCCCAGGCAUGUACUAUUGAAGGGCGGCCACCUUCCUCUGAAUGUGCAGCGGCAGAAGGCCACGGCGGAUGGGGAUGCGGCUAUUGUUAUUGAUAUUCUAUACGACGGCUCGACGGUGACUUUAGUGGAAGCCGCCUUUUCAAGGUCCAAAAAUACCCACGGCACAGGCUGUUCUCUUGCAUCUGCGAUUGCAGCCAACCUUGCCAAUGAUACGGAAAUCACAAGAGCGGUGCGGGAGGCAUGCCGAUAUGUUGAAGCUGGAAUCAACACUAGUAUUGACCUGGGCAAGGGAAAUGGACCAAUUAACCAUUUCCAUUCACUCUACUCACUACCUUAUGCGCCCGGACACUUUGUGGAUUACAUCCUGGAGCGACCAGAUAUUCAGCCAGUAUGGAAAGCUUUCACCGAACAUGAAUUCGUACAGAAGCUUUCCGUGGGGACGCUGCCCGUUGAGAACUUCAAGUGGUACCUUGUCCAAGACUACCUAUAUCUAGUCCAUUUUGCACGAAGCAAUGCGUUGGCUGCUUACAAAGGCCACACUAUGGACGACAUCGCCAUGUCGGCGCAAAUUGUCCUGCAUAUCCAGCGUGAGAUGAAACUGCAUCUUGACUACUGUGCCUCGUUUGGUCUAUCAAAAGAGGACAUUGAAAGUUCAAAAGAGAGCUUGACCUGCACGGCUUACAGUCGAUAUAUCCUCGACAUCGGCCUCUCAGGUGACUGGCUAGCUCUCCAGUUUGCGCUUGCUCCCUGCCUUCUUGGCUAUGGAGCUAUAGCUCAGCGGCUCUUCUGUGCUGAAGAAAGUGUUAGAGAGGGCAACAACUACUGGAAAUGGGUUGAAAAUUACGUUGCAGAGGAUUACUCUGCAGCCGUCAAGCUAGGCUCAGCCACGCUCGAGAAAUAUUCCAGAACUAUCUCGCCUUCCCGCCUAGAGGAGCUGCUUCGGAUCUUUAUCCGAGCCACGGAACUUGAGAUAGGAUUCUGGGAUAUGGGUUUGCGGGGGGAGUAG